UAUGGGUAUUUCAAGAGAUAGCAGACAUAAGAGAAGACUUACAGGUGGACGUAUGCCAAUCCAUAAGAAGAAGAGAGCAUUUGAGAAGGGAAGACAAGCAGCUAUGACUAAAUUAGUAUCUGGUGAAAAGAGAGUUAGAAGAUUAAGAGUUCGAGGAGGAAAUUUCAAAUUCAGAGCACUUAGAUUAUCAGAUGGCAAUUUUUCUUGGGCUAGUGAAGGUGUUGCAAAAAAAGCUAAGAUUGUAGAAGUUGUUUAUCAUCCAUCAAAUAAUGAAUUAGUCAGAACAAAAACACUUACAAGAGGUGCUAUUGUUUAAGUUGAUGCAACUCCAUUCAAAUAAUGGUAUUUGAAGAAAUACAAUGUUGAUUUGGGUGCUAAAAAGACUUAAAAAAAAGUAAGAAUUUUGAAAUUAAACAUAAGGAUUAACCAGCUUAACCAGAAGUCAAGAAAUCAAGAUCUUUAUAAAAGAAAUUAGAAUAAAGAAUGAAAGAUAGAGUUAUUGAUAAUUUAGUAGCAGAACAAUUCUAAAAUCAAAGACUUUUAGUAAGAGUCACAUCUAGACCAGGAUAAUCAGGUAGAGCUGAUGGUUAUAUUCUUGAAGGAAAGGAAUUAGAAUUCUAUGUUAAAAAAGUUGAAUAAAAGAAAAAAUGAAA